AUAAUCAAAUUAGAAAAUAUUCUACCUAGGUAUUCUUCUUAGGUACAUAUGGUUUUUGGUUUAUGACCGUGGUUUGGUUCCUGUGAAUUUUUUCACUAAUAGCUAAUGUACAUGCAAAUUAAUUUUAUUACAAAAUAAAACUGAACUCUUAAAAAACCGUAUAUAAAUAUGGCUGAUGAAGAAAUCAAUGGAGACACAGACGAAAUUCAACAUGAUAAAGAUAAGACUCAAAAGAAGACUGCAAAACAUGACAGUGGUGUAGCAGAUUUAGAAAAAGUCACUGAUUAUGCAGAAGAAAAAGAAAUUUCUUCUCAAGAUAUCUCUGGGGCUCUAUCGUUAAUUGGCGACAGAAGAAAUAAAGAAGCAGCAGAGCGCUUGGAGAAGGAAAAGGAACUACAAAAAGUAUCAGUAAAGAAGGAUGAUAUAGAAUUAAUAGUGAAAGAAAUGGAAAUCUCCAGAACAUUAGCAGAGAGAACGUUACGGGAGCACCGGGGUGAUGUUGUUGCUGCUCUUACUACUUUAACCAACUGAACUACCAUACUAUUUAUUUGCGACAUUGUAAAAACAACACUGAAUAGACUUUUCUAUGCCGUAACAA